AUCCUUCGGAUCCUCAGCUAGGAGUUAGCCAGCUUGGUGGAGGGGAGAAGAGAAGUGGAGAAAGAAUGGCUUCGCCGGCGAUCACCGUGAAAUCCGAAGAAGAAUGGAAAGCGAUUCUGUCGCCGGAGCAGUUUAGGAUUCUUAGGGAAAAAGGAACAGAGCCACGUGGCACUGGCGAGUAUGAUAAGUUCUUUGAGGAAGGUACAUACCGGUGCACCGGUUGUGAAACACCUUUGUACAGAUCAACUACAAAGUUCGAUUCCGGAUGCGGCUGGCCGGCUUUCUUCGAGGGCCUACCUGGAGCCAUAACUCGCUCGCCUGAUCCUGAUGGGAGAAGAACAGAGAUAACCUGCAGUGCCUGUGGAGGACAUCUUGGCCAUGUGUUUAAAGGAGAGGGAUUCAACACAGCAACAGAUGAGCGCCACUGUGUUAACAGCGUUUCAAUCAAGUUUGCUUCAGAGUCCAGUUCCUGACUAUUUUCUGCUACUCUACCUGUUUUUUUUUCUUUUCUGAAGCGCAUUUCUCUUUAUGAACCAUUUAUUUUCACUUUAAUUGUGGUGUGUAAGAGAUUCAAACUCUUUGUUUAUUACAUUUGAUGAUUGUUAAUGUCAU